UUCUUGUAUUCCGUAAAGCCUUUUUUCAGUUGCCCUAGCCACUCUUUCUAAGACGUGAGCUGGCAAAAAAGGUUCAGUUGUACGUUUCAAGUGCGUGACGAAUUACAAAUUCAGAUAUUCAGCCAUGUUCUGUAACCUUCGAGGAAAGGAGACCUUCUGGCCUAUUCAGUAAUGGGAGCAGGAGCAUCAGUUGCCAAUGAGGAAGAAAUAAGAGAACUGGAAUCAAAUUCAAACUUUACUACUAAAGAGAUUCCAAAGCUGCUGAAGAGGUUUUCCCGUUAUGAUCCUGAAGGGAAAAAUGGUGGUAUAACCCUGAAACAGUUCUUAGAUAUACCAGAAAUAUCUACAAAUCCAGUCAUGCCCAAAGUGGCCUCUGCAUAUCUUGAAAGAAGAACCAACAGGAUAACACCUAAAUCAUUCAUCAAAAUUAUGUCCAGACUCAGUCAUCGCAAUUCUAUUCAGGACAAAAAAGAAUUUGCAUUCCAGUUACUGGACACUGAUCAAGAUGGAUACUUGUCAUACAGUGAACUGUUCAGCUUGCUUAGAAUGGUAACUGGUCCUCUUAUCACAGAUGAUCACUUGUUAGGAAUGAUAUCAAGUAUUUUAAACAGGAGUGAAUUGCAGCAGACUACAAGGUUGACGUUUGACGAAUUUACAAAUGUAAGUCAAACACAGAUGCAAAGGGUGGGUUAUUUAAACAAAGUUUAGCCAUGGUUUAACAAUACCUUGUUCUAAGCCAUCUUCAAUUUAUCAAACCUUUUAUCUGAACAAUGUCUAGAGGGCUGAAAGCUAAUUAUGGAAGGACAUUUGUUUAAUCAAACCCUUGAGGCCCACUGCUUGUGUAAAACUGCAGUUUGUAUUAAAUCUUUCAUAAAUAACCAGCCCAAAGUGUUCAUGUUCAUUAGGGCUGGGUCUAUUGUUCAUCAAGGCGACUUUCAUUACAAGUGCUUGUCCCAGUUUCCAAGGUGCCAUACCCCUUCAACUCUUAACCCUUUAACUCCUAAGAUUUUAUUGUUACUUUUUCCCUCUAGCUGCUACACAUUUCCUUGUAAAUCAGCUCCAAGAAUUUGGUGUUAGAUCAGGAUAAUAACUUUUACCCAAUAAGUCUGAAUAUUCUCAUUACCUGUUUGCUGGUUAUAUGUAUGGAAAUUUUAAGGAGAAGUUUAAUUUUAAUCACUUCAGGGAGUUUAAGGGUUAAGAGUAACUAGCUCCUUAUUCCCUCAACAGCAUCACCCAUGAAACAAACAUUUAGGAGAUGAUGAAAAAAAAAGGAAUUGAUUUCAAACUUAAGAAGCUCUUGAUUAUUAAACAACUUCUCCUAGUCACUACCAUAGGGCAUUUAUGUAGAUUAGUAUGUAGAAUAUGUAUACAGGUGUUACAGUGUUAGGGGGUUGAGUGUACUGCUACUCCUUCUGAUGAAAGAAUUGAAGACUUGACAGUAAGCAGGACCUUUGUCGGAAAUCAUAAAUAAUUUUAUAAUUUACAACAACAAAA